AUGGCAGAUCUCGUUAAUUUCGCCACACAGUUUGCCGAUCUAGCACCAGCAAGGCCUAUAGAGCAUUUGGGUGAUACAGAUCUUACUUUUGGUGGAAGAAUCGACUUCCCACUGAAAAUUCAUGAAGAUGGAGGUGAGAAUGGUUGCGGAGGCAAGAUCUGGGCAGCUGGUCAAUUGUUAUGUGAGCACUUGAUUGACAACAGCGAUGCAAAUGGCCUCCUCUCUUUGUGCUCUGAAAAACUGCAAACCCACGGAUCAUUUACCAAUAUUUUGGAACUUGGCAGCGGAACGGGCCUAGUAGGUAUUUGUGCAGGCCUUUUGGCAAAAACCAACGGUUUCAAGGCGAAAAUAUAUGCUACAGACAUCGAAAAGUUGAUCGAACUGAUGAACUCAAAUACUAAACUGAACGGGCUGGAGAAGUAUGUAUUCCCAGAAAUUUUGAUGUGGGGCGAGCCAUUGGCGGAGAAAUAUCAAGCCGGUACCCCGAGUAGGAUAGAUCUAGUAUUGGCUGCUGAUUGUGUCUAUUUGGAAGACGCUUUUCCUCUUCUUGAAAAAACUCUACUCGAUCUUACAAGCGGUGAUAGUCCACCCACUGUCUUGAUGUCUUACACCAAGCGACGGAAAGCGAACAAGGUGUUUUUUCGGCGCAUACGAAAGCAUUUCCAGAUCAUCACUUUCACGGACUUCGAUAGAUAUGAGCACUAUUCCAGUAAGCGCACAUAUCUCUUUCAGCUUGUUCGCUUUCAGUAG